AUGGAAAAACCUGGCCUGCCCCCCGCUUGCUUUCCACUCAGCAGCCAGAGGAUGCUUUUUCUCACUCUUACAUUAGUCCCCAUCCAUCCUUUUCCCUCUUUCCUCCAAAGUCACUGUUUUAAACAUUUUCUUGCUAUUGUCCCAGUAUAUCCUCAUGCAAAUACAAACCAAUGUGAACUUAUAUUGCUUCCCCUCUAUACACAGACAGACACUGUGAACAUUUUCCUAACCUUGCUUGUUCCUGUAAUAGCCUAUCUUGGGGAUCUUUCCUAUCACAAUCCUCCAAAGGCUUCCCUUGGCCCCAGAACAGAAGCCAAAGUCCUCCCCUCCAUGGUCACCAUUCUGCCUUCCUCCCUGUCCACUCUGUCCCUUGCCUGCACUGGCCACUCCAUCCAUCUGGCUCUUCCCCUCCAGGAUCCACAGACAGCUUUCCUCUUCACAGAGCACUCUUCCAGAGUUCUGCUCAUUUAG